ACAGCUAUAAAUAUUUUAAUUAUUACAGAUAGUAACUGCGCUAAAUUAGAAAUUUAAAAUGUAGAGUCGGUGCCUUAGAUAAACAUUGUUAAUCUAAGGUUGGUGCCAAUCAGAGACUGUCCUUUCUGUUGUUGUCUCUUUUUAGUGUACUCAGUUUAUAAUGGAUCACCCCAAGAACAUAACUUAUUGAUUAAAAGACAAAUGGGUAACAUUGCUGUCAUCUACGGGAAAAUCCAGCCAUUCAUUGACAGUUUGAUAUUAUAAAAUUAUUUUUUAUAAAUGUCAAUCGUUUAUUAAGCAGCUAAAAUAAAAUGCUGAAAAUUGAAAAACUGCUUGAUAGAACUACCGAUUUAAAACCUCUUAAAGCCAUAGUUCUUGGUCCACCAGCUUCAGGAAAGACAUCGUUAGCUCAAAGACUUUGUCGACAUUAUGGCGCGCAUUAUGUUAACGUUAAGACAAUGAUCGACGAAACAUUGCAAGAACUAAGCGAAAGCAUAGAAAGAGCAAAAGAAACAUUACUGCAAAUUCAAUUAAACAAAGAGAAAUUUCAUGGAACAGAAGGUGAAGUAGAAGAAGAACAACUCGGUGAAGAUACAGAUGACGAUAUAAAUACUGUUAUUAUUGAAGACUGCCAAGAUCAAAUAAAUAUGAUAACAGAUACAAUGGAAAAUAGCGAAAAUAAAAAGUUACCAGACGAGAUGGUUUGCCGCCUGAUGAAGAACUUCCUAUCAAACCCCAUUUGUCAAACGCGAGGGUUUAUUUUAGACGGUUAUCCAAAAAGUACGGAACAAGCAAUAGAACUGUUUGGUAUAAAAUCUGUAAAAAUUCAAGAAGUUGCUGAAGAAUCUCUUAAACCAGAGAGUAUAAUACCAGGUGAAGGUGCGUCUCGCGAUGUAAUGGACGCUCCACGAGAUAGUGUCCCAACCUAUAAUAUUCUAAUCAAACCUGACUAUGUCGUUGGUCUUGAUGCAAGUGAUGAAUAUCUCUGUCAACGAGUAAUGAAACUUCCACAAAAAUUAGUUUUCGGUACACAUUUCGACGAAGUUGGUAUGCUUAGAAGAUUAGCAGAAUACCACGAACAUAACCAAACAGAUAAUUCAGUGUUAAAAUUUUUCGAUGAUAAUGACAUUAACCCCAUAGUGAUAAAUUUAAUAGAUGAAGAAACUUUAGAAGAACUUACCUUAGAUGAUAUCUAUGACAUGAUUUGUAAUAUUUUCGGUGAGCCUAUUCCUGGCUUUGGAUUAACAGCAGAAGAAGAAGCAGCUAUUCGGAAAUUAGAACUGGAACAACUCAGAUUGUUAGAAGAAGAACAACGAUUGGAACAGCAAUUAAUGGAGAAGAAGGCGAAGAAGGAAUACGAAGAAAAAAUGGAAAAGUGGAAUGAAACUUUAGAAAAGUUACAAUUGGAAGAAGAGAAAGUUUUAGCAGCACAAAGUGAACCUUUGAGAUAUUAUUUGAUGAAAUACAUAUUUCCUACCUUAUCCAAGGGAUUAGUUGAGGUCGCUAAAGUUAAACCAGAAGAUCCAGUUGAUUUUUUAGCUGAAUAUUUAUUUAAGGAAAACCCUGAAGGAAAAAUGUUUGAUCCUUCGUAUACUCGCGAAGGAGAAAAGAUAUUACAACAAUAUGAAGAAGAAGUUAAACCUAUUGCUGAUUUGGCAGAACACAUUGAAUAAAUGUUAUAUUUUUUUUUAAUUAAAAAAUGUUAGAUUUCUAAAUAUAGAUAUACUACAAAUUAAUUAAAAACCU